UCUAGCACAUUCGAUUAUUUUCCUUUUGCAUUAUCUCUAUUUCUCAAGUGGACACCCUUGAACCAUUUGAUGCUCAUUGAUUGCAGCGAAAUACUUCAUCUCCUCGAUAUGGAGACUCAAGAUGAUGUUGAGACAUUAGACUUGGCUAAUCUACAUAUCUCCUACCAUGCAAAUAUAGAGGCUGCGCCACUCAUCGAAAAUGCUAAUCCAACUAUGGCUUCUAUUAUGGACCGUGCCUGCCCCCAUUCAGUCGUAUGCUAUGGGAGUCAGAUGCUCAUUCUUGGCCGAUCUGGAAUUCAGCUUAUGGCCCUACGAACUUGGAAACAGCGGACCUCCAGUCUUCUUCGCUUAGGCCAUGUCGCUUCCGCACUACACAUUUGCGAGCAACAGCUGUACGUCGCUUUGGAGGCAGUAUGCGCUGCACAGGAAUCGAACUCGUAUUGCCAAAUCCACGACGGCCCAAACGCAACCUCUGAACAGGUUAUCAAGGCUCUAGCAUCCUUUCAACAAAUACGCACCUACUUACUAGAUGUACUUAAAACGAUAUUCCUUCCAGUGACUUAUAAUGCACUUGCUAGUGAUAGUGUUUCUGGCUAA